AUGUCCUCUCAUGGAAAGAAGAGUAAACGACAGGAAGUGCUUGAUCGGGCCAUCCUAGCCGCGAAUGUCACCAAGAAUGCGAGCGAAAUGAUAGCAGUACUGGGUCCUCUGAAGACAUCCAUGGGAAUGUUAAUCAGCCUUCUGGAAUCCAUAAAGGAGGUACAAACAAACGAGGACAACUGGGAGUCAUUGGUGACAAAUAUAUCCGCAAAGGUGGAUCUAGUUCGAAAUAUGUUGAAAGACAAACCAGAAAGUGCAGCUGUUCACGACCUAGUAUUCGAUUAUUCUGGGAUCCCAAAAAAACAUCGCGCAUGGCCACCGAUAAAAGCGAACAACGAUGCGCAGAAGAUAAAGGAGGCAGAGAAGCAGAUGAACGAGGCAUUUGACAGAUUCAAGGCAAUCAUCAUCGGGACUGGCAUCGAGGCCCUUCAAAACGGCCACAACGAUAUCAUUCAAACACUCGCCAGCCAUAGCAAUGACCACGCGCAAAGUCACGCUCGGAUACUCCAGCUUCAUCAACAGCAACAAGACAUGAAUGACCAGUUAGAGGAUAUUCAAUCAAAGCAGAAGGAAACGAUAUCCCAAUUAACCGAAGCUGAGGAAAUCAACCUCAUCAAAGGAGUUAGUACAGCCUCAUUGGCUAAUGGAGGAAUACACCAGAUCUGCAUGCAAGGGACACGUCUAACCGUUCUCGAGGAAGCAAGGAAAUGGAUGGUCGACGACCAUGCCCCUCAAUUGUUCUGGCUCAAUGGGGUAGCCGGAUCCGGAAAGUCGACUGUUGCAAAGCAGCUAUCUGAAGAGUGGAAAGCAAAGAGCCGUCUCGCCGGUCGCUUCUUCUUCUCUAGAGAUGCCGAAGAGACUCGUUCGCCCAAACUAUUCUUUACCACAAUUGCUCAGCAAGGUUUGUCACAUCUUGGCCCCGCCGCACAGACAGCCUUCGCUCUUGGCAUUCGCAAACUUCGAGAUCCAGUCUCGGCGACUUUGGAGGAGCAAUGUUCGGAUAUUUUCGAAGCUCCUCUACAACUCGUCCAGCAGAACUCUGUAUUGAUUUUGGAUGCGCUCGACGAAUGCGAGUUGAGAACCUGUCAGCAACUCUUACGUAUUCUUCUGCCGCGAUUACACAAUCUACCACGCCUCAAGAUAUUCCUCACGAGUCGACCAGAGCUCCACAUUCGUGAAAAAAUCCAAGAGCACACCCACCAUUUCCUAUCAUUUCGCAUAGAUGCACCUGAAAAUGUGCAAGAUGUCGAAAUCUACAUGAGACGUACUGUACAUGGAUUGUCACUUCCAGAAGAACAAAUGUCACAACUGAUCGACCGGGCGGGUGGACUUUUCAUCUGGGCCAAGACAGUCUGUGAAUUACUUCGAAACAUUCGUCGGGAUCGAGAUGGUUUCAUACGUCGUGUCCUGGCCGAGGGAAUCCGACAGAUGGACUCCAUCUAUCUAAUCGCUCUCGAACAAGCUACCCGUAACAAUGAAGUCGAAGAGAGUAUGGAAGCGUACAUGGAUGUGUUGAAGGUUGUUGUAGCGGCGUAUGAACCACUUUCUCCGGACACAAUAAACCAACUUCUCAACAUUCCAAAUGUUAUGGAAAUUGUGGGUGACCUGCGAAGUGUACUUGAAUGUCAUGGUGUAGAAGAGCCAAUUCGCUUCCUUCACCCGACAUUUCGAGAGUUUCUACUCAAGACCUCAAAUACGACAUGCUUCAUCUAUCUGAUGGCGAUGCAGGGGAUUCUCUGCACGAUGAAUCUUCUGACAAUUGCCAUGCUGUGCCCUCUCUUGCGUUACAAUAUAGCUGUGUCUCCUGGGCCAAUCAUGUCUCUGCUACAG